AUGGUAAAAGCAUACACACAGGAGCAUGUCUACAAGCAUCCAUGGGAGAGGGUAACAUCAGCAUCAUGGCGAAAGUACUCCGACCCGGAGAACAAGCGAACAUUAAACCACGUCCUCGCUGUGGACACGCUGAACCAGAAGCUCGACCCUCAAACCGGGAAGCUCUACACUACUCGUGCACUGAUCAUCCACGCACCGGGGCCCUGGUUCAUACGCAAGAUCGUGGGGCAGGACAUCUGCAACUGCGUGGAGUCGACGGUCGUGGAUGGACGGAACAAGUCAAUGCAGCUCACGACUCGUAACAUUAGCCUCGAGAAAUUCAUCGAGGUGGAAGAGCGCAUAAGGUACGAGCCUCACCCGGAUAACCCCAGUGGGUGGACGGUUUGCAAGCAGCAGACGAGCAUUCGUAUCAAGCCGUUCUCUGCUCUGGCAUCGAUGGCCGAGAAGUUGGAGCAGAAGUGCGCGGAGAGGUUCAUGAAGAACAGCGUGAAGGGGAGGGAGGUUAUGGAGAGGAUCUGUAAGUAUCUUGAAUCUGAACCCGCCUCGGGAGUAUCAUUGUAA